UGGAAAGAGCUGCUUACUCACCUAUCUUAAAGAAGACAAUAAAGCACACAGUGAAUCCGGGCCAGGAACCAACGAAAGGAUGCAGGACGGGAGCUGUGACCAGACGCUCCCUCUCCCUCUGAUGUUGAAGGAGGUGUGUUUGGGGGAGGGGGACGGGGGUGUGUUCUCAGAGACCUCCUCAGAUGGGGAGCUGUACCUGGACUCGCUGGCAGAGGUAGAAGGGGAUGAGGGGGGCUUCCCCGAGCUGUCCUGCUUCCUGAGCCAGGACGAGAUGAGCAGGAGCCUGGACCUGGCCCGUGAGGCCUUCUCCCGUACCGGUGAUCUGGAAGAGACCAAAACCCCUGCACCCCUCAACCCGCAGAAGUCCCAGGACCCGCCGCAGCCCGACGGCCCCUCUCUGAGCGAUGACACGACCUUUCCCGCUAAAACCAGCGGCAGCCAAAGAGAUGUCGCCCCGAAGAUGCACUCCCGACAGAGGUCCGCUGCCCCCGUGUACAAGCAGGACAAACCCCGCCUGCUCCACGCAGACCUGGCACUGAGCGACCGUGCCUCUGCCUCGGAGUUCUGUAGCCGUGCCGCCACCUUCAUUGAGGAGCUGUCGUCCAUUUUCAAAGGGCCCGCCCGCCCUGAUCGCCACGGUGACGAGGACUCCUCCUCCCCCGACAGCGGGUACCUGUCCCCCAAGAACCCGUGCCUGCAGGGCUCUGAGGCGGAGCAACAGCCCGGGCGGCCGGGCAUGGCCCCAAAGGAGGAAGAAGGGGAGGAGGGAGAGGGGGAGGAUGCUGCUGUUGACCACCAGGGGGGCGACAGUGCUGAAGAGGCAGCAUCACCACCCCGCUUCUCGCAGAAGCUGAAGAGCCAGGAGGUGGCCGAGGGGAGUCCCAUUCGCCUGGAGUGCAGGGUCACAGGGAACCCCUCCCCGCUGGUCAGGUGGUUCUGCGAGGGCCGGGAGCUGCACCACUGUCCUGACAUUCAGAUCACCAGGGAUGCGGACCUGCACACGCUGGUGAUCGCCGAGGCAUUCGAGGACGACACAGGACGCUACACCUGCGUGGCGUCCAACCCCCUGGGGGCCGACAACACAUCCGCUGAGGUCUACAUCGAAGGGGCCUCUUCCUCUGACUCAGAAACAGAAGGAUCUGGGCCCAAAGCCAGGCCAGGAGCCAUGCCGCAGGUGCAGAAGAAGACCUCCUCCGUCUCCCUCACCAUUCGCUCCUCUUCUCCCAAAAGCCCAGAGGUGGCACCCCACCGCUCCACCCUUAUCCAGCCCCUCUCUGCACCCCCCCAAAGGGUCCAGAGUCCAGUCUCCGCUCAGCAGGGGGGUAACAGGCCUUACGUGGCACCCCCUGUCUUCAGCAAGCACCUGCAGGAUGUCCAGGCCUCUGAGGGCCAGGUGGUGGUUCUGGAGUGCCGGGUUCGAGGCAGCCCUCCACUGCGGGUGCACUGGAACCGACAGGGUGAGGAGAUCCAGGAUUCACCUGACUUCCGGGUUCUGCAGAAAAAGCCUCGGUCAGCAGCCGAGCCAGAGGAGAUCUGCACACUGGUGAUUGCGGAGACAUUUCCAGAGGACGCUGGUCUGUUCAGCUGCAUCGCCACCAACCACUACGGCUCUGUGACCAGCUCGGCCCAGCUAACCAUCCACCCAGGGAAUGACGAUCCCGCCAGUAAUGGCAUCUCAGGAAAUGACGACGUGUUCGAGGACCCCCAGGCCUUCCCGCCCCCCCCCCCCCCGACAGAGAUCAGUCUGCUGGAACUGCCCCCAAAGCCCCCCAGCACUGAGCAUUUCCACGUCAAUGAGCUGGAGAUCUGGCCAAGUGUGGUGGCCUUGCAGCCUGUGCAGAUCGGCCCCGGGGCCGAUGUCCAUGCCGCCAAUGGCAAACCUGCCAGUCCGCUGCCCAAUGAAGCCACGUCCCCUCCACAGUCUCCUCCAUUGACUACACUCUCCACUGCUAAGGAUGGUCCACCGUUGCCUACCAAACCUAAACCCAAACUAUCUGAUGACACAGGCGAGAGCGAUGCCCCUGACAGCAGCGCAGAUCAGCUGAAGCAGCUGCAGGAGCAGAUUCUCCUGGAGCAGCAGGAAGCCGCCGCCAGCUGGCAGCAGCAGCAGGAAGUCCCGCCCCCUCCGCCUCAGCAGCAGCAGGAAGCCCCGCCCCCAUCCCCACCCCUCCCCCCUCCUCCCUCCUUCCAGGAGCUGGAGAGCAGUGAGCAGGCUCCGCCCCUGAUUGGCGUCCCUGGCGUCAUGCAGACCGCCAGCACCUUCAACUAUGCCCGCCCCAAGCAGUUCAUUGCCGCCCAGAGCCCAGGGGGGCCAGGGGGCCCGGCAGGCGGAUACGCCGCCCCAUCCUCAGGCUCAUCCGGCUCCAACCUGUCCUCACCCCUCUCACCCCCCACCCCACACAAAGCCUUCAGCAAGGUCAGCCUGCCGCCCUUCCAACCGCCACAAGCUAGGGGCGCGGGACAGGACUCCCCCGCCUCACCCUCCUUCCCCCCUCCCCCCCCACCCUUCCUCAGCCCUGCCGGCUCCUCCCCCGCCCAAGAGUUCCCCCCGCCGCCUCCGCCCCCUCCCCCCCCCACCUCCGGCGGACCCCUGUCCCCAGCCCAGUCUGACAGCUCCUCCCCUUUCAGCUCCAACCCGCAGUCGCCCGCCGGCUUCCUGGUGUCCAUCCUGCCCUCCCAGCCCCCUCCCCCACCUGUCAACGCUCUCGGCCUGCCCAAAGGAAACGGGAUCACGGGACUCUCCCGUAAACCUGGCCGGACCCCUCGCAUCGCCUCUGACUCUGAGAUUCAGGGAUCGAAAGAUGCAGUCAUCCAAGACCUGGAGAGAAAACUGCGCUUCAAAGAGGAGAGGCUGAGCAAUGGCCAGCAGAGGCUAACCUAUGAGGAGAAGAUGGCCCGCCGCCUGCUCGGGGCCGACAACGCUGCCACUGUCUUUAACGUACAGGACCCAGAGGAGGAGCCUGUCACUCAGGAGUACAAGGUCUCCAGCUUUGAGCAGCGCCUGAUCAGCGAGAUUGAGUUCCGUUUGGAGCGUUCGCCCGUGGAGGAGUCAGACGAGGACGUUCAGCACGAUGAGGACGCGCCGGGCCAGCGGGUGGCGCCCUUCUUCGACCAGAAACUGAAGCACUUCAAGGUGUUCGAGGGAAUGCCUGUCACCUUCUCCUGCAAGGUCAUUGGAGACCCCAAGCCAAAGAUUUACUGGUUCAAAGACGGGAAGCAGAUCUCCAAACGCAGCGAGCACUACAGGAUCAGCCGAGACCCCGAUGGAACCUGCUCUCUGCACACCGCUGCCGCCUCCAUCGAUGAUGACGGAAACUACACCAUCAUGGCCAGCAACCCUGAGGGGAGAACCAGCUGCACUGGGCGAAUGAUGGUCCAGGCUGUCAAUCAGAGAGGGCGGAGCCAGCGUUCCACACCCGGACACAUCCGCAGACCUCGCUCCAGGUCCAGGGACAGUGGGGACGAGAAUGAAAACAUCCAGGAGCGUCACUUCCGCCCUCACUUCCUGCAGGCGCCUGGCGACCUCAUCGUGCAGGAGGGCAAGCUUUGCCGGAUGGACUGCAAGGUGAGCGGCCUCCCCACCCCUGACCUCAUCUGGCAGCUGAACGGGCAGACAAUCCGGCCGGACAGCGCCCACAAAAUGUUGGUGCGGGAGAAUGGGGUGCACUCCCUGAUCAUCGAACCUGUGACCUCCCGAGAUGCUGGCAUCUACACCUGCAUCGCCAGCAACCGCGCCGGGCACAACUCCUUCAACCUGGAGCUCAUCGUUGCAGCAAAAGAGAUGCACAAGGCCCCCACCUUCAUCGAGAAGCUGCAGAACACGGGCGUGGCUGAGGGGUACCCCAUCCGUUUGGAGUGCCGAGUGUCUGGGGUGCCCUACCCCCAAAUCUUCUGGAAGAAGGAGAACGAGUCCCUUACUCACAACACUGACAGAAUCAGCAUGCACCAGGACAACCACGGCUACAUCUGCAUGAUCAUUCAGCCAGCCACCAAAGAGGACGCAGGCUGGUACACUGUCUCUGCCAAGAAUGAGGCGGGCAUCGUCUCCAGCACUGCCCGCCUGGACGUCCACACUCAGUGGCAGCAGACGAACAUCCCCAAGCCCAAGAAGGUCCGUCCCUCAGCGAGCCGCUACGCCGCCCUGACGGAAAGAGGUCUGGACGUCAAGGCUGCCUUCUUCCCCGACUCCGGCCCCGCCCACCAGCCCGGUGGCCUGGUGGAGAGCGAGGACCUGUAGACACCAGUGGGGGGGGGGGGGGGUGUCACCCACACCCCACACCCACCCCAUCCCAUCCCAGACACUCCCAGAGAGGACCCCGCCUCCCUCCGCCUCUCCCUCUCUGUCUGUCUCUCUCUCUCUCUCUCUCUCACUUUCUCUCUCAAUCUCUUUCUGUCUCUCAGGGGCUCCACUCCUGCUUCCAGAGGAAGAUUAAAAAAAAAUAAGAAUUUUAAAGCUUGGUAAAGUGGAUGGUUGCACAGACUCCACUGUCCAACAUGGCUGCCAGCGUGGCAAGCUCGCCCUCCCCGUGGAACCCUUGUCACAUGACGUGUCACGUGAAGGGGGCUUCAGCUCCCAGAUCUGCUGUGUCAGUGAGAGAAAGAGCACCAAAGCGUUAAGAAAACAUUUAUCUGACCUCAGGCCACUGCCAUGCAUCAAAGUUCUGAGUGUCAAUUGCACACUCCUUAAUAAUCAAUGAUUAAGAUAAAAACAUGGAUUUUUCUAAAGGUUUGUUUCAGCACACGCUGACAGCCUCUUUAGUAUUAGCUGAAGUGCCUGGAGGAGGGAGAGAGGAGGAAGCACAGUCAGAGCACUACAGCUGUGUGCCCUGAGAAAGAAUGAGUUUAUAGGACUGCUCUGGUAGGGGUGUGUUCAUAAUAACACUGUACUGUUUAGCUUGGGUGCUAGCACAAGUGCCUUUCACACUUCACAUAGGCUUACUGUUAGGAUUGAGGGAUUUCCUCUAAUUUUUAUUAAAAGUAGCAUCUAGUUAUGCAUGUUACCAAGGUGCCAUUUGCAAUACUCUCUAUGUAAGUGCCAAUGCCUGUAGAAAUGAUGCAUUUAUAAAACAUUGUGAAAUUCUCACUUCCCUGCAGAGAGGAACCACUUUUUUGGGGGGAUGGGACAGACAGCAAGCUCGUCUGCAGUUCAGUGAGUGCAAAUCCCAAAGUCUUUCUGGAACCUCAGAUGCAGUGCCUUAACAGUCCAGGGACCCAGGGGCAGGGGUAGGGGUGCUUUGUCUGUGGAUGAACACCCCAGUGCCGUCUGGCUGUAGUCAGCACAACCCUUGAGAAAUAGAACAAGGCCGGGCCUUUGGUACAAGCGUCUUCUUCUUCUCUUGGUUAUGUUUGUGUUGUCUUUUGGCUCUGAGGGAGAGGUGGGUUAGGGUUAGGGGUUAGGGGUUAGGGGUUAGAGUUAGGGUUAGGGAGAAGUGGCUGUGGUGAAGGCUGGUUUUGUAGCAGGAAUGGGACAGGAACGUUGGUCUAAUGGUUUGGUUACCUCGGUGAGUUCUCAGCCUUGCAGCGGAAACCAGGAGGGCGUGUGAGCCAGCUGCAGCUGUCCAAGUUGCUGAUUGGCUGUCACCAAAAGAGGGGGGUGUGGCAUGUUGAGAGAGUCAGAUAGGUUGUGGUAUGGUGGAGUGUCACGUGGCAGUGCUGUUUUUACUGCAUGAACACCUUGAGGUUAGGAAUCACCACACUGGCUACUACUCCAUCCACCAGCACUUUCACCCAUGGUGCCUUUGACUUCUAAAAUUCUGACAGAUCAUACAGGUGAUUACUGACGCCGAUGGCCGAUGUGGUUCAGCAAUAAGAAACAGAACAGCUGUCCUGUUGGUGUACAAUUAUUGGUUUUUAGCAAUUACAGACUGUGUGAGAGAUACCAUUUGCUGCAUUUCUGCAGUAAACCCAGUAAGGAAACAAAGUUUCUGACCUGGAAGUUUUUUAAAAGCAUGCAUUGCAUUUCUAACCGUUUCAAAGGAACACAGAGGUUGAGUAAGUCCGGAGCAGGUAGGAGCGCUGAGAUGAUGUCCUGCACAGUGCCUUAUGGGUGCACAGCAGUCCGUGGACUGCGUUGGAGGGAGAAGGGGCUGUGAAACGGCAGGAGGUACUUUUCACUCUGCAUCACGGCUCUUGGUCUUACCCCCCACUGUGGAAGGGUCACUCAGAUCCAACAGUGAUGGUGAUGAUAGUGACGACAAUGAUGAUGAUGAUGAUCUUUUCCUUUUUCCUUCUGUUCAUUGUUGAAGUUUGAGAUCUUUGGCCAGCCAAAUGGGACUUUUAUUUUUGUAUGAGAGAAACACAGUGCAGCACAGUAUAUAUAGUUUCCUUUCUCUGUUGAUAACUUUCAAUAAAUAUGUUAGUUAAGCUUUUUCCCCUUUAUUUUGACAGCAUAAUUUAAGCUUCAGGUCUGUAUUUAAAAUCCAGUACUUAUGAAGAUCAGUUAUGUAAUGCCAUGGCGGAUCACAUGUUAUUUAUAUCUGCGCUUAUUGUACUCUGGGGUACCUUUCUGAGAUCCCUGUUUUAGGAUCUACACAGGAGAUCAGGCAACAAAGCACACGUCACUAACAAUGUUAUUAUCAAUGUCUCAGAAAUCAUGUAUUUUCCCAUGUGAAUUAAUAUGCGUAUGUAUUUUUCAAAUACUCAUCAACUACCAGUUAACCCACUCUUUCAGCCUGUCUGUUAACAGCAUGAAUGUCACGCUCCAUUCAUCUUCACAGUCCAACCAAACAGGGACUCUUAUUCUGACACCAGAAGUUUUUUUGUUUGCUUCUAAACCAAUCUGUGCCUGUGUAUGGAUUGUUAUCAUAAUGUUACUUUGGUUUAAAAAUUACAAUAAAACAUGUCUCUGGAAGUGAUUAAUCGUCAUUGACUGAGGGUUGUAAAUUAGCUGGAGUUCUUACACAUGAGUAGGGGGGGCAGGGUGAGGCUUGGCAUCAAUCCUUUAGUUUCAUGCCAGUGACUUCGGAUGACCUUAAACACUCUCAUGUCCAUUAAAACUUGCAUUCUCACAAUAUUACGGAAAGAAGUCAGCUUAUGGUUGGCCAGUCCCCUCAGAAUCACUUACGCCAAUUACUGAUUACAGGCAGCAGGCGGAAAGUGUCUCUGCCCCUCCCCAGGGUACACCAAUCACGGCCAUUCCAUCUGUAAUCACUGCCAGAUGGACGAGGUUGAAUUCUCUGAUAAAGAUACACUAAUCACCACAGGAGCUGACGGGGGUGUGCUUUACCCUCUCUAAUUGGUGAGGAACAGGGAUAAUUCCUAAAGUCCCAAGACAAAGUGAUAUCAUCGGUCAACCAAAAAAAUCCGAACCCUGCCAUUGCAUGGCCAAAGUAAAGGCCAAACUGUCAACUUCUGCUGUGGGGAAAAAGGCAAACCCCCCUAAAAAGUAAAAAAAAAAAAACCCUGAAGGCAGCUGGGUUUCAGUCCCACAAGCUGAACUCCAGUGAUGAUUCAGAUGUUUUGGCUCAAAUCUGGCAGCCCCGCUGAGGAUCCCAGCUAUCGGAGCGCAUCUUAUCUGAGAGAGAGGACCUGACACCACCCACUGCCUGCCGUAAACACACACAUGC